AUAAACCUCCAAUCCUUCGACAAUGACGAGUGUGGACCCGGCUCAAACAUCAAAACGCGGUCGCUGCCAACUUUUGGACCUGAAAUGCAUGCGCAUCAGGGAUAUAUCAGGGAUGCUUACCCGAGCUGUGUAACCCUGCAGCACUGCGUCAUCCUCCACAUCCCAACCCAAUAUACAGGUAUUUGGCAGAGUUGCGGAGAGCAUUGAAACGAUGAUUACUGUGUGAGUGCUAUAAAGCAACGACAGGAUCGUCCGCUGGGAAUUUUCUAUUCUCUAUUCUUAAGAAAACUUUCAUCUCUCACCAAAGAAAACCUCACUCUUCUUCCCACCCACCAAAAUAUAUAAAUCUCACUCGAGAAAUAAUCCCCUCCCACCUCAGCAAACAUGUCAAACAACGCAACCCAAAACCAAGAAGUAGCCGAAGCCUCCGACGAAGAAGUCUACGCCCAAUCCGACGAAGAAGAAGCCUCCUCGGACGCCGCCCUCGUCCCCCAACAACAAACACAACAACAAGUAGCCCCCCAACCACGCCGGGGCCAGCGCCAACAACAGCAACCCAACGGGCUCCCACAGAUGUCGCAGCAGGUGCAGAACCCGCCGGCGCGCGCGCAGGGCUAUCGACCAGGCGCGAUACGGGAGAGCCGGAUUAAGGACCGUCCGGUUGCGAGUAGCGGCGCCAGUGAUAGUGCGUUGAAGAUUAAGAUUGAGUUGGAUCUUGAGGUGGAGGUUGAUCUGUAUGCGAGGGUUAAGGGUGAUGUUACGAUUGGGUUGAUGUAGAUUUUUGCUUUGCGUGGGCAUAAUGGGUUGGGAGUUUUUUGUUUGGUUGAGGAUUUAUAGGGUUAUCAUUAUUAUAGGGAUUCAAUGAAUGGUUUUUGGGAGUUGAAUGGUUUGGCUUGGUUUGGCUUUUGAGAUGUGAGGUGUUGGAGUGAGGUUAAGUGGCUCUCGUUGAGUUGUUCUUCUUGCGUAACCUUUGCAGAGCGUUGGCACCUAUGUAGGUGGUAUGCUAUACAGUUCCUUCUCUGAGUCUAUUUCUAAGUCUUGCACCUCGAGCUAUCCAACCCAUUGGAUCCGAAUAAUACCUCCUAGAGCAGAUCAGAUUUUGGGUCAGUCUUUGUUGUAUGUCUCAUUUUUGUAAUGAUUGAAAUUACAUUUUCUUAAUUAGCUAAGG